UUGUUAGGCUCUGUGAACAGGACUGAAUAAUUUUCGUGGUUUUCGUUAUCAUUAUUUGGAAAGAUGGCACAGGGAGACCCAAUGAAAUGGGGUAUGCCAGGAUGGAGGAUCGAACAGAAGUUUGCCCCCGGAGUAUUGAUCGGAAACUGGGGAGAGGACAGAUAUACAUUUUUAAGAGGUGACCAAAAACACAACAGCACACACAGAACUGACUUCAGAAAUUUUGCUGGACAUAGACCAGAUGUGCUUGUUAGGAGGAAAGCUUUGAUGAAAAAUGAUGGAAUAGGACCAGAAGCUCUCUUCCAUCACCAUGGCAACCGAUACUCCAAUAAUAUGGUUUCCUGGUAUGAUGAGAACUUUAAUGGAAGAUGGAAGGACAAUACAUUACCUGACCUCCGUGACUGGAAUGGUCACCAGUUGGCAUGGGCUCCAGAAAAGUCAGACUUUCCCUUACAAGGUAAACCUACAAACUAUGGUUUAUUAGAUACCAUGAAGCAAAAAUGGGCAGAUCAGAUUGCUGAUGAAACAAAGGGAGAUUUCUUAUCCACAUACCAGAAUUCAUUCAUCAAACCGUCAGGAGAAGCAUUUACAUCCGUUAGAUAUGCAAUACCUAAAGCACAAUCCACGUCUCUCCACCCAUACAACAGUGUAAACAAAGAUUUGAAGUUACGUGGCGGUACCUCCUUCAAGUCGCCGGAAAGACUACCCGAAAUUACUCCAGUUACCUCCUAAAUUCUUUUAGUAUAAUUAUAGAUAUUAAUUUAAACUUGAAGAACCCAUUUAUAUGGUAUUCGUUUCAAUAUUAGUGAACAAAAUUAUGUACAUUCAUAGAAUCCAUUUUUAUGGUAUUUAUUUCAAUAUUAGUUAAGAAAAUUAUGUACAUUCAUACAAAAAUAUGUGAUAUUUUUAUAUUAUUUAUUAUAUUGUUAUUCAAAGAUUUGAAACAUCAUUAUGAUAUAUCCCCUAUGUUUAUCUUAAUAAGGGGAGAUAAUUCCAUUAUUUUUUUCUUCUAAUUUCCAGUUUGAUCAUUCAGUGCUUUCUAAAUUAUAACUUAUAUACUAGUAUUUGAAUUCAUUUUUUCAGAUUUAAAAGUAUUGUUGGAAAUUUCAUAAUUUGUACACCAAGAUGAAAAUAAUGUUAAAUCAUUGGCUGAAUAGCCACUGUUUAGUAGAACGUUGUUACUGAUCAAAUCGUAUUGGUGUACACUGUUGAAAAUAUUACCUUAUAUACAUUAGUUUCUGAAAAGGCGAAUUACAAGUUUAUACUUUAUAACUGCUUUUAUAUAAUCAAAAUAUUGCAUUUCUAGUCUUUGUAAAGUUUAAUAUUAGAAAUUGUUUAUUAUGUUUUUAUGGUAUAUCUCUUUUAUAUGAAACAUUUUCUUUUAUAUUUAUAAAAUAUGGAUUAGUAGUUGGUUAUAAAAAUGAAAUCUACCAGUAUACCUUAAAGGAGUUAAAAAAAUAUGGAAAAGAUUGAAACUGUCAACAUCCCUAAAUUUUUACUUUAUGUACAGGGGAAAACAAUAAACUUUUCUAAGAUCUAAUUUCUUUAGGGCUAUUCCAUUAGAAUGGGAGGGUAGGAAAGGAAGUUUUAUUUUUGGAAAUGGGUUAUCUGCCAUUUAUGAUUUUAUGACCAUUUAUAGAUGUAUUUAAAAUUACCCAAAGUAUGUUAGUUGUACUUGUAAGGAUUUUGGAAGUCCCUACCUCUCACAUCCAUUUAAAUGGAAUAACUCUUUAAAAAUGGCAUUAUAGUAAUUACUUUAGAUUAUCAUUUUCUUUUUUUUUAAAAGGUUGUUUUUUUGUUAUCAUGUACUUAGAAUAUGCAUUAGUGUGUUCAUUUUCAAUAUUACUACAUAUGUUAUACUUCAUGGAUGGAUUGUAAACUGUUAUGAAAGACCAAUUAUUCAUUGUUGGGUCAUUAGCGUGUAUAUUUAUCUCUUCUUAUAAUGUAUAUAUAGUUUAUUCGUAUGAUGUAUGUAUUUUUUGUUUUUCAUUGUUUUUUUCUAAUGAAAAAUAUAUUAUAUGCUAAGUCCUAGCUUCCUGCAUUUAAUAUCCAACUAGUGUUAUACCAAGGGAAAUCUGUUUUGAGAAAAUAUUUUGAUAUUGAAAAUUAAAAUUAUGAAUUUUAGAUUUUAUAUGUAACUUGAUUAUCAUCAUUCAACCAUGACAACUAUUUUGAUGCUCUCUGCAUAUUAUUUAAUGGGAGUAAUUUUGAAUUAUUUUUUUUUUGAGAUUUGGGACAGAAAAAUUAACAAUGUUUCAUUUGAUAAUUUGAAUUUAAUUAUUGUUGAUACAUAAAUAUCUUUUUUAAGUUUUCUAUUUGUGUGUAAAUCUGAGUGCAAUCAUUUUCUGUUUGUGAGUCUUAAAUUUUUUUUAUCACAUAUUCAAUGCAAUUCAAAAUUAAGCUAUAUGAAAAAUGUAUCACAAAUACAAAAUGUAUUUUAUGAAAAAAAAAGUUUGGGACAAUACCCUAGAAAAUAAUACAAAAUACCUAUAAAUGGAAGUCUUAUUGUAAUAUAAUGUCAUAAUUUAAAAAAAAAUCUACAAAACUUUGAUAAGAGAGUGAGCUUGAGCAUUAUUUAAACAAAUAUUUUGUUUCACCUGUGAAAAAAUAUUUUAAUGGAAUAUUUUUAAAUAUUACCAUUAUUGUUACCUUUUUGCACUUAAGACCAUGACUUGAAAUAUAGGUUGUUUUAACAGAUGAAUUAUAGGACAUUCUCAAGUAGAAUGUGUCUGUAAAAGAAUGUUGUACCACCCAUAGAUGUGGAAUUAAGAUAGAUUGAUUGUAUAGUAUUUAUUAUAAAGUAUUAUUGCACCAACAAUAUAGGUGUGUGUUUUUUUUUUAUCUUUACACUUUUUUGUUAUGCUUGUUGCUGUUUUCAUAGUUAUCUUCUCUUUUUUGCUCAAUUUUAUAUAUAUGCAUAUAUUUAUAUAUACAUUUUCAUUAUCAGUAUUAUAAACUAAGUAUUCCAACUUUAUUUGUUUGUUUGGAGGUCUAAAUCUUGAAUUAUAUAUAUAUAUCACAAUAAAUAAGUAUUAAAAUUUUGCUCAGUAUAUAACACAGUUUAUAAAUAACUUUUUUUAGAAAAGGUUUAAAAAUUAAAAUCACAUGCUUUACUUAAAGUAUUAAAAGAAAAGAAAGAAACUGAAGUAAAGUUUUUAAAAACUCUUGAGGGUAGUUUAAUUCUUCCAAAAAUAUGUUGUACUAAGUGGAGACAACUCUUCAUAUUAGAUAUUGCUCACCAACAGAGCUAACAUCAUAUUAAUUGUAACUACACAUAUGCUAUGUUAUAAUCAUUAUUAUACUUGCCUUACUGAAUAUUACCUUAUAGCCUAUAAUCAUUGCUUUAAAUUCACAAGUUAACAUCAAUCAUUCUCAAUUGGAACACUUUGAUGUUCAAUGAAGUGUAUACAUAUAUAGAAAACCAGUAUUUUUAAAGUUUUUUCUAAGAUUUUGUAUUUGCUGUUGAAUUUAAGAUAAUUUUUGUUAAAAAGUCAGCCAAAAAAAAUGGCUCUUUUUAAAAAAAAUAUUCAAUCCCAAUUUUAUUUUAUAAAUGGAUUGAUAUUUAGCAUUUAUCACUAUUUAACUAUACAAAAUUCAGAAUUCUAACUUUAAUUGGUAGAAAGAUUUUCCAAUUUUAAAUGAGCUACGAUUGUUGCGAAGUUUGAUAGUCUGCAAGACAGAACUGGUUCUUUUUUCAAAUUAUUGGUCAGUGUACAUUUCUGUUAUAAAUGGUCUGAAAUACAGUAUUUUUCCUAUUUAGCUGUACAGAAUGCUGAAUUGAUACUUUUGUAUGUUAGAAAGAUUUCAUGUUUUUAGAACUUUUUAGAAGCUGUGUGUUGUUAAGUUUGAGAAUUUUAUGAUCAUAUUUACAUUAGCACUCUGUGAUACUUCAAUAAAAAUUGUGAUAAAGUA